GAGUUGGUGCGUGAGCGCGUUGCACGCGCAGCCGUAAGCGCAAAGAGCCCGUCCGACCUCCGCCCGCGGAUCUGGCUCGGAGGGGAGCAGAGCGCCUGGCAUGUAGAGAAAGGAGAAAGGAAAAGGUGCGGGGAGGAGGAAAAGGGGAAGGAGGGGGGAAGGACGGAAGGGAGGAAAAAAAAAAAGGAAAAAAAAAAAAAGAGCUGCCUCUUUAAAUGCUGGGGGCUGAGCGCUCGCCGGGGCGUCCGCAGCCGGAUCCAGCGUCCCUCCUCUCGGCCGUGCCUCCCCGGCGCCUCCUGCACAGCCUCGAGUGCCGGCAGCGCGGCUGCGGGCGCUGCUGCUGCGGGGAGCGCGGAGCGGGGCCGGGGGGGCCAUGAUCGCACCCGCCCCCGGGAGCCGCGCCGCCUCCGCCCGGGAGCCCUAAAGCCGCUCGGCGCCGCGCUGCCGUUCUCCGCGCGGGCAUGGGGAACCAGGUGGAGAAGCUGACCCAUCUGAACUACAAGGAAGUUCCCACGGCCGACCCGACGGGCAUGGACAGAGAUGAGGGGCCCAGGAUCGGGGUCUCCUACAUCUUUUCCAAUGACGACGAUGAGCUGGAGCAGCAGCAGGACUCGGGGCACGACCUCGGGGGUGAGCACCCUGCCCUGCAGCCGUAUGAUCCCCAGCUGCACGAGGUGGAGUGCUCUGUUUAUUACCGGGACGAGUGCAUCUACCAGAAGAGCUUUUCUGAGGAGGAUGUGCUGCCGGAGGAGGGCGAGGAAGGAGGCAGGGGACACCUGAGCACCUACACCCCGGAGAACCUGCUGAACCGCUGCAAACCGGGCGACCUGGUGGAGUUUGUGUGCCAGGCCCAGUACCCGCACUGGGUGGUCUACGUGGGGGAUUUCCAGGUCGUGCACCUGCACAGGCUGGAGGUGGUGAACAGCUUCCUCACCGAUGCCAGCCAGGGCAGGCGGGGCCGCAUUGCCAACCAGCUGUACCGCUACAAACCCCUCAGCCCGGCCGCGGUGGUACGCAACGCCCUGGAGCAGGUGGGCUGCAAAGACCGGGACCUGAGCUGGAGAAACUCGGAGUGUUUCGCUGCCUGGUGCCGCUACGGCAAGCGGGAGUUUAAAAUCGGCGGGGAGCUGCGCAUCGGCAAGCAGCCCUACCGCCUGCAGAUCCGGCUGGGCGACAAACGCAGCCACACGCUGGAGUUUCAGAGCCUGGAGGAUCUGAUCAUGGAGAAGAGGAGAAAUGACCAGAUCGGUAGGGCUGCCGUGAUCCAGGAGCUCUCCAGCCACCUGCAGGCUGCGGAGGAGGAGGACGAGGAGGAGGAGGAGGAUCAUCCCCACCAUCCAGGUGCCCGGACUGCUGUGGAGUAGUGCCUCAGCGCCGCCAUGCUGCUCGGGUUGGGUGAUGGGGAUUAAAACAGAAGGCUGCGAAAUUGAGCUGUUAUAAACCCUUUGGGCCGCUUCGGUGCAGCUCCAUUCCGAUCACAUGUAAAAGGAAGGGGGAAAGCUGAUUAAGUGUCUGUGCUUUAGUGCUUAACUCCUUCAGUGCUCGAUGAUAAAAAACCACUGACUUAUUGUAGAGGAUAAAACUCAGGGCAACUCUACCCUUCUCCGCUCCCACCUCUUUCCCUUCCUCUGUGCCAGCCCUUCCCUCCACCAUCUGCCAGUAGGCCUGACCCUGUGGGAUGCUAAAUGCCUUUGACAUCUACUUAUCAGCAGAAGUUAAGAGUACUUAAUACUAUUAAGGAGCCAACAGCUUCAGGACAUGGCCACGCUCAUCUGAGUGUAUGAUCAGUUGGUAGCUGGGAAGUGUGAUGUGUUGCUGUCCCUUCUCUCCCUGUUUCUCUUCAGUCGUGGCUCGGUUGGUCUUGCAACAGGCUGCUUGCUUUCGUGUGUGGUGCUAGGCUUCAUGGAUGGGCAGCCAGCUCCCCAGGAGGUGCAAGGGAGAAAUCGGUGCUGUCUUCAGAGAAACGUUUUUGAUGUGCCUGGUGCUUUCUUAAUUAAUAGAAGUGUGCAGGUGGGCUGGGGGAGCUCUGCCUUUGCUGGCAGCACGUGGUUCAGUUGGGGAGAGAGGAGCUGUAAUUGCUGACCAGUCCCAGGGAGGAGGAAGCUCUCAACCCUGAUUGUGGAGUCUGCGCAUUGGUGAGUGCUUGGGCUCUUACAGGCAGACACUGAGCUCUGCUGGAGCUUGUUACAGGCUUCCCCUAAAGCAAACAGCAGAGAUCCCGAUGACAUCUGUGGUGAGCACAGAGUCCAUAGAAGCAGGCUGUUUGUGUGUACCAGCACAUCUCCAGUAAGCUACCCCUCAAGAAGGUGAUCUCAUGGCUGGGUGUGUAGCACAGGUCUUGCACAGCAGCACUCCCUCCCUGCGAUGGGAAGGAGUGCAGGAUGGAAGGCAGGGGGAUUGGGGUGUUUGUUUUAUCCCCCCCUUCCCCCUCCCCCCCCCCCCCCCCCCCCAAUCACAAAGCAAUUUCUUCUGUAGAGACUUCAUGUUUCCCUGUUUUCUACUAAUUUUGAUGGUGUGCAGCUGAGCUAUAGGAUUAGAAGAGAGGAUAUGCCUCGGGAGUUGUUGUGUAGGUCCCCUAUUAAGUGGGUUGUGGGGUGCAGUGCUGCCUCCCUUGAACGUUCCCUGGAUUCUGCUUUCAGCUGUUGAACUGUUCUCCCACGUGGGCACCAUCAGAUCAUUGUCCUGAGAUCUUAAGUGUGUGAGCAAACAGAUUUGGACGCCGCUCGUAAUAAAAAAUUCCUUCCCUUUAAAAACACAAUAGUGAAGAGGUGAACCUGAAGAUAAGCUGGAGCUCAUUUAAAUAACAGCAGUUAACGUUGUGCUGUAAACUUGGAAGUGUUGUUACUGCCUCUUCCCUGCGGUUGUUUAUGGUUAUACCACAAAUAGCAAAGUACUCCAUGUCCUUUCUGCUCCUUGGGAGCAAGGGCUGUCGAUUAAGAAGUUGAUACCGAUUUUUGAUUAGUUAGAACUACGUAAAGCAACUUUGACAGUGUGGUUUAAAUAAAUCUGAGUUGUUUUCUUCCUAAGAUACACAACCUGGAGGGGAACAAAGCAGUGCUAAACUCCUCCAGCCUUACUUCCAGAGGAAAUGUGGCUUUAAGGUUAUGCAAAUACACCAUACAGUGUUUCCUUAAUGACUCUGUUCUCGUUUUGGACUGUGAAAUGCUCAAAUCCAAAAGAGAAUGUAACACCCCGCUCUGUUAGAAUGCUAUAGCUCAGGUGACUGCUCUGAUGGUUUUCUUCAAUAUGCAGUUGAGUCAUACUCAUGUUGGUGUGGCUGUCAAGCAAAUGUGCAACCUUGCUUUAAAAGUAUGGUAACAACCCUUAUCUGACUGCAACAGGGCUCGUGUGUGGAGGGCUGCAUGCAGCCUUCAUACAGCAACUAAAUGCUGAAAGCUGAAAUGAUCACGGAGGAAGUCCAAAAGAGAAUGGAGAGUCUGUGCUGUACUGACUGGUAUGAGACAACUGAGGUUAUCUAGACCACAAGUAAAUGUCUGCCUGUUGUUUCUUUCAUACUGACCCUUGUACAUAACAAAGUUUAUUUCUCUGUGUAAUAUAUGUAUGUAAAAUAAUAUUUUCUUACGGAUAUUUUUGAAAGUUAAAAAAAAAAAAAUCCAUCAAAACCUUGCAUUUGAAAGUAAGUUGUUAUGCACAUUAUUUUCCAGUCCUCUGAAUGGGUUUAUUUUUCAUUAAUGAUCUAAAGUAUAUUCUAGGUCAUAAAGUAUAGAAACUGCUAUAAAUGUCAAAUAUUAUGUAUCUACAGGGUACUAAACAGUAAACUAGUUGUGAAAAUAUUUUUCCCGUGUGUCUGAAACAUCAGAACUGUGACACACAGCCAUUUCUCUCCUUCUGAGAUAUCCCGCGUGGUCUGGCUUUGUUUUCUGUGAUGCUUUUUUCCUUUUCCUUUUCCUUUUUUUUUUCCCCUUUGUUUAAUUAAAAGACCUGAUCUGUUUGAGAACAAAGAGCAAAGCUUCUUUGACCAACCGAAAUCAUGUCUUGUGCUGAUCUUGGUGCUUCCCUGUACCGGUCAUGCCUCUUGGGAUCAAUUCCUAUGCAGGCAUAAGGGCCUUAACAAAGAAUCCCAGAGCUUGCACAGCCUUGUAGGACAGAGAGCUGAGCAGAGGGCUUUGCUCGCAGCAAAGCAGCCUGGCAUGCAGUCAGCUGCAUUACAAAACCUGUCUGCCCCUCUGGCACCUGCAGUUCAGGUGUUCAAUGCUUAAAUUGUAGAUACUUGGAAUAUGUUGUUCUGCAAGUUAUGCUGGGGAUUUAUUCUGUCUCCUGCAACUCCAUUAUUUGCAGAAGUGGGUUUUCAUUGUUCCUGGUUUUUUUUGUUUGUUUGUUUUGUUUUUUUCUAAGGGUGGUUCUGUUUCUUCUGUGUCCUUACAGGGAUUUCUUACCCCAGCAGCUAAUGACUGUUGAAUUCUUUAACAGGUGGGUCUUUAUUUUUUCCCCUACCUGUUGAUUAGGCAGUGUUAUUCAAUAGGUGCUAUGAACACCACUGGAAACAUUUAUAAGCAGGCUGGUUUUUAAAGCCCUGGCUCAUAACGUGCGGACUAGAAUUGCCAUAGGAGCGCGUCACUACUGCUUAGCUUCUCAUUUUUGUUUUGCUGUAAUAAUUUACUUUCUGCAGUCUACACUGGGAUUUCUACAGUUGUUUUUUUUUUCUUUAAUCAAAGAAUCUCUUGGGGAAAACAGACCUUUCUUGUGUGUGUGUAGCUCAACAUUUUUCUGUUGCUCAAAAAAGAGAAGGGGAGAGAAUAGAUGGAAGUGCUGUUCUCUGAGCUCGUUCUUUAAGGUAGAGAAGUGGAGGUGUGAUCCUUCUGCAGAGCUUCUGGUUCAGCCCAAGGCCUGUGCUGAAGUUUGAAGUUGAGCCACUUGGAAAAAAUCCUCAACACUCCCAGUGUACUUGAAGUUAAGUGUCUAUUUGCAUUUCUAUCUGAAUAAGGCUGGAAUCUUGAUCUGAGGUCUCUGGUGGGAGUGUGGAGGAUCCGACGUUGCCUGUUCAUGGGGAGGGCGCAAGAAGCACUGUGGAAGCUCUUUCUCAAAGUGCCCUUGUCCAAACAAAGCAGAUGGAAUCCAGCCCAAAGCUUGGCCUCAAUUUCCCCCUGAAAAUCUGUGAGCAGCACUGACUCAGCAAGUGGUGAGGCAGACACAUCACACAGCAGUUCCAUGCUCACUGACAGUCGUGCUGCACACUGCUUCCUGGUGUCUUUGUCUUGUCGUGCUUGAACUUCCCCUUGAGUUUUUAAUAUUACUAGCUUUAAAAGCUCUUUGGUUGUGCAAAUACUUAAGCAUCUGUGUGAAUUUGCUCAUUUGGAUGUAUGCGCUGUUACUGAUGGGAAGACUGCUGUGGAUGUCAUUCUGCAUGUGGUAGGGCUGGCAAGACAAAGCCCCAGGUGUGCAAAGGUAGUUCCAGUUAGGAAAUGGAGAUGAGCAGUCUUACUUCCCCAGAAUAUUGGUAGGUUUGAUGCAAAUAAUGCCACAGAAAUGGCUUUAUAAUGUAGCCUACAAUUAUUCCUUGAUUGAGUAGUUGUAAAAACAUAACUCCAAAACUUACCUUCCAUGAUAGUGAACAAAGAUAUAAACAAGACUAUUUCAAGUUUUCCCUGAUUCUGUGCGAGUAGGAAGUAUUGAUUACAGCUCUCUGUAGCUCAGCUGGACAACACAGUAGACAGUUGUAGGGUAGAUGGGGAGGGGGAAAAAAAACCAACACAGAAGUUACUUCAAAAACUAGCUUCUGCUCAGAAAAGUAUAUCCUUCAGACCGAAGGACUAUGGAAGUAAACUUCAGUUGUUUUGUAUAAAUGCAUCUCUAGGCACACUUCUACCAUUUUGUUCUUUUAAAUUCAGUAUUUCACUCCAAGUACCAAAAGGGUGUUCUGUGUGGAAUAUAUUUCAGAUUUUGACUGUAACAGCGGUUUUCUUUUUCUUUCUUUUUCCCUUUGGGUCUCGCCAAAGGGUGUGUGAGGCUUGUUGAGUCGUUUGCCACCUGUGCUUUCCUGACAAUUAACCACAUCAACUGUAAUUCCAACAGCCAUUUAGGAACAAAUAUUUCCUUUGAAAGCAAAUCUUAUACAACUGAUCAGAGAUGAGUAACUAAAAGUAGGAAAUGCGUUUCCAGCAGCAGUUUCUAUUUGUGAGAAAGCUACUGUUAUUUAUAUGUUGACUUGGCUACUCUAUGAAGUAAUGUGUGGUGAUGAGGCAAGGUUUAUUGUAUCAUGGACUUAGAUUCUCCAGAUCAGACUCUUCUUUUUAACUGUGGAUAUGAAGAAAUCAGAGUAGCUUCUUCAAACAUCAGUGGUUUAGGUGGUUCUUUUGCAUUAUUGUUGAAUUAGAAGCCUUCUUUCAAUGCUCACCUGAAAUUCCUGAUAUUGUAAUACUUCAUGGAAUCAUCCACAACAGCCAGUGUAAUCACAAAAUAUGAUUUCUUUUAACUCCAUGAGCAUUUUCUGUAAGCUGUCUUUUGUCGAUGAAUGUUAAUUGUUAGUGCAAAUAUCUCUUCUUUUCCCAAGAAAGAAGUACAGAUCAUUGAUUGUACCAUUUCCUUCAAAAUGAAGGGCACUGCAUAGUAACUAAAAAAGAAAUAAAAGAUUUAUAGUAUCUUU